GCCAAGUGUACUAGUAGAAGCAUACAAGCAAAUAAGCAAGUAAGUUAUAGCUCAAAGUCAGAUGGCAUUUCCAUUGUUCUCUCAGACAAUCAUCACACCAAAAUCAAACCUUUCAUCUUUAGUUUUGAUACCAAAUAAACACAAUAGGAAACAAAACACAAUUAUCAAAGCAGAAGCAGGAAAUGGAGAUCAAUUACAAAGAACAAACCUCAAGACUCAACAACAACAAAAACAACCCAUUAAGAAAAGACUCACCCAAGCCCCACCAAUUGGAUUAUGGGACAGAUUUCCAACAGCAAGAACAGUACAACAAAUGAUGGACACAAUGGAAAGACUAAUGGAUGACCCAUUAUCAUACAACAAUGCAAUCAACAAUAUUGGCACAUGGGGUCCACAAGGAGAAGGCACAAGUAGUUACAGUAGAGGCAGAACACCAUGGGAGAUCAAAGAAGGUGAACAUGAUUACAAAGUCAGGUUUGACAUGCCUGGAAUGACCAAACAAGAUGUCAAAGUUUGGGUUGAAGAAAAAAUGUUGGUCCUAAAAGCCGAAAAAAUCGACAAAAACAACAUUAAUGGUGAAAGCAAUAAUGGGGAAGCAGCAGCCAUUGAUGAUGAAGGAGAUCAAUGGAGUGCUAAGAGUUAUGGAAAGUAUAGUUUUAGGAUUGCAUUGCCUGAAAAUAUACAGUUUGAGAAGAUUAAAGCAGAAGUUAGAGAUGGGGUUUUGUAUGUAACUAUUCCUAAAGCCCCUGUUUCUUCAAAGGUUUUGGACAUUAAUGUACAAUGAAUAAUGUAGAAUGUAUGUAAGUUGUUUUGUGUAACAA